GGAGAUCGAAGCAGCAGCAUGGCGAGGUUCCUGAGGGCCGACCUGGCGGCAGCAGGAGUUAUGCUACUUUGUCACUUUUUAAUCGACCAAUUCCAGUUCGCCCACGGGGAGCCUGGAAAUCAAAUCACGGAUUGGAAGUAUGAUGUUUCAAAGGCCUUUCCUCAAAGAGAUGAUGGGGUGGAUGUGGACUCACAAGCAUACAGCCACAGAUGGAAAAGAAACUCGGACCCUUUUAAGGCAGUAGACACAAACAGAGCCAGCAUGGGCCAAGACUCGCCAGAGCCCAGAGGCUUCACUGACCUGCUACUGGAUGAUGGCCAGGACAACAACACCCAGAUCGAGGAGGACACAGAUCACAAUUACUACAUAUCUCGGAUAUAUGGUCCAACGGACUCUGCCAGCCGAGAUCUGUGGGUGAACAUCGACCAAAUGGAGAAAGACAAAGUGAAGAUUCAUGGGAUAUUGUCUAACACUCAUCGGCAAGCCGCGAGAGUGAAUCUGUCCUUCGAUUUUCCAUUUUAUGGUCAUUUUCUACGUGAAAUCACUGUGGCUACUGGGGGUUUCAUAUACACUGGAGAAGUUGUACACCGAAUGCUAACAGCCACACAGUAUAUAGCACCUUUAAUGGCAAAUUUUGAUCCUAGUGUAUCCAGAAAUUCAACCGUCAGAUACUUUGAUAAUGGCACAGCACUUGUUGUCCAGUGGGACCAUGUCCACCUGCAGGAUAAUUACAACCUGGGCAGCUUCACAUUCCAGGCAACACUCCUCAUGGAUGGACGCAUCAUCUUUGGAUACAAAGAAAUACCUGUCUUGGUCACACAGAUAAGUUCCACCAACCAUCCAGUGAAAGUCGGGCUGUCUGAUGCAUUUGUCGUUGUCCACAGGAUCCAGCAAAUCCCCAAUGUUCGAAGAAGAACAAUUUAUGAAUAUCACCGAGUAGAACUACAAAUGUCAAAAAUUACCAACAUUUCAGCUGUGGAGAUGACCCCACUCCCCACAUGUCUGCAGUUCAAUGGCUGUGGUCCUUGUGUAUCCUCUCAAAUUGGCUUCAACUGCAGUUGGUGUAGUAAACUUCAAAGAUGCUCCAGUGGAUUCGACCGCCACCGGCAGGACUGGGUGGACAGUGGAUGUCCGGAAGAAGUACAGUCAAAGGAGAAGAUGUGCGAGAGCGCAGAGCCAGCGGAGAGUUCUCAAACCACCACAACCUCACACACAACCACCACACAAUUCAGGGUCCUGACCACCACCAGGAGAGCCGUGACAUCCCAGCUGCCCACCAGCCUGCCUACGGAAGAUGACACCAAGAUAGCACUGCAUCUCAAAGAUAAUGGAGCCUCUACAGAUGACAGUGCAGCUGAGAAGAAAGGAGGAAGCCUUCACGCCGGCCUCAUUGUUGGAAUCCUGAUCCUGAUCCUCAUUAUAGCAGCAGCCAUUCUGGUGACAGUUUAUAUGUAUCACCACCCAACAUCAGCAGCCAGCAUCUUCUUCAUUGAGAGACGCCCAAGCAGAUGGCCAGCAAUGAAGUUUCGAAGAGGAUCAGGACACCCUGCCUAUGCGGAAGUUGAGCCCGUUGGAGAGAAAGAAGGUUUUAUUGUGUCAGAGCAGUGCUAAAGUUUUAAGACAGAGCAGCACCAGUACUGGCUUACAGGUGUUACGACUAAACUUUGCUUAUACCUUUAAAACAGACACACACCACAGCCACACACAAAGGAGCCCUAAACUGCUGUAGCCAGAAGGGAAACAAGAUUUCUGGACGAGCCCAGCCCAGAAACAUUGAAAGGAAACCUCAAACUUGUACAAGACACCAUGUACACUGACUGUAACAUUCCCUACUGGAAUGACAUCCAUGGUUCACGAAGAACAUCUCCUGUGGACUUGCCAGAAGUGUGACAAGAUGACAAUGUUUUUGGUUUAGGUGCAGGGUUGCAAAGGGAUCAAGGAAAAAUAAUGAUAAUAAAUAAAGCUUUAGU